AGUGGCACACUUGACGCAAUUGGGAUGUCUCAUGGUACAUUAACAGCUCGUCCUGAAAGUAAAAGCAGUCGCUAAAGUCCUCGGAGUUCUAUGGCUAUCGGAUAACUACAGUCGUCCCUCGCGACGUCGCUAACGUAAGCCAACAGCUACUUCACAGCAAGGGUAGAGAGGUCAUUUUAAGCAAAUGGUUGUUGUGUUGUUACAACUUAGCUCAGUCCAGCAGCAGCUCAGCCGCGACCACACCCUCCCUGCUUCCUCAUAGUAGUGUAGCGGGAGCGCGCAGCACGACUUUGAAUCUCUAAGGAAUAACGGCCCCUUCUUCCAGCUACGUUUACGGUUUUCUGACCGUGGAACUUCCCAAGAGAAGUGAGUUCAAUUUUCAAAGACCACCGACCGGCAUGGAUAUUAUUGAGUCCCCACAGAGGAUAUGCGGGGCUGCACGGUCUCUGGUCCCGAGUUAAGACGUGGAGGAGGAGGUGGAGGGAGGACAGACGGACGAUGCUUAUGGAGUCGAAGCGACCGGAGCAACCGCUAACGUUAGCUUCUAACCCAGGGCUGUGUUUGAAAAAGAAGAGGUUGAAAGUGGAUUAAAGUGUCUGUGUUGUUGGAAAGUCGCCCUCUCGGUGGAUUUUACUUGGGAGGACUCAUGAAAUGAUGUUGCUGGAGGGAAACGCAAGUCUUCUCGCUGUCCAGAAGAGCUGCCCGGGUGGUGCCCCGUUUGUAACCAGCAUGAGUACGCCAGGCCGGUCAAACUCAUUGGGAACAAGUCGGACAAGAUCUCGGUGCUGUUUCAGGCUACUUGCUCCGAUGCAAGUGGACACAAAAUGAUAUCCUAUUAAUAUUAGUUAGAAAAGACUGAAAAGCCAGCUUCUAAAUGUUGAGAUGAUGUUUUCUUGGCUGUAAUUAUACAAAGACCCCAAGAAAAGGCAUCUAACGUUACAAAAAUAGUCAUUUCAGCAGAAGUAACGUUAAUUCCAACUGGGAACAUAUUUUUGUUUCAAACAAUAAGGGGCUUUUGACAUUAUUUUUUAUUAUUCCCAAUCCGCACUUUGCCGUUUAGAAGGCACCUUGGUGGCACUGCAGUUUGUGUAUGAUUUUUUUUUAAUUCAUCAACCUGUGAAUUCUUCUGUUCCACAAAAACCUGGGACUACAAUGAGAAUAUUGACUUUUGGAUUUUUGUGUUCAGGGCAUUUAAAUUAAUUUGUCAAGAUAAGAGCAUAUAUCUUACUACACUGAUUACUCUGAUGUUGUGGUGAUUUUGAUUGACUGCCCUGCAAUGUAUAAUUACUAAUAACCAAGGCAGAUUAAAUGGGAAUAUACCAGAUCAGAUUUGGAUUAUAGUAUACUUUAUAGACACAAUAACUAAUAAUGAGGAUGUCAUUCAAACAUGCGUAAAUGCAGUAAUUGAGUUUAGCUCUUUCCACAUGUUUACAUUGAGAAUACAUGUCCUGUGUCUGCAUACAAUGUACAGUUGAUUACCUGUACUCUGAAGGAAUUUAGGGAAGACUUUUUGGCCAGUUUUUAUGUAAAAGAGUUUGUAAAAACAUGGAAGUGAUGCUUAUCUCGGAAAUGUCUUAAGCAGUGCAAUGCAGUGUACAGCAGCAGACAACUAUAAAUAGCUGAACCCCUCCAGAAGAGCAGUUUGACCCUCAACCCCCUCCCCUCCCCCCGCCCCCCCUUCUUUUCCUUCCACUCCCUUCCUUAUUAUGGCUAGUGGUGGCUCUGGGAAAUCGGCUAGCGAGGGAUCAACCAGCACACCCAGUGGAAGUUUGCAGCAGAGGAAGCGUCUCUCCUCUAUCUGUGACACAUGUAAGGGCAAAAUGCAGCUGGUGGCCGACCUCCUUCUGCUGUCCAGCGAGACCAGGCCAGUCAUGACCUCUGAAGGUGUGGCAGUGGCAGACACCUUUGACCAGUGCCGUGACACAGUCAUUGCCAGGACUAAAGAGCUCUCCAUUCUCACCCAUGACAUCCAGAGCCAGCUCAACAUGGGCCGCUUCACAGAGGUGGGGGACCGUCUCCUGGAGAUGGCGGACCUGGUGGUAUCUUUGACAGAGUGCUCAGCCCAUGCCUCUUACCUGGCAGCUGUGGAGACACCUGGCUCUCAGCCCUGCCUGCCAGGUCUGGUGGACCGUUACAAGGUGACCCGCUGCCGGCACGAAGUGGAGCAGAGCUGCAGCAUCCUCAGAGUUACACCCUUGCCAGACCUCUCUCCCCAGCUCCUCCUUGAGCUCUCUCAGAACAUCUCCACCAACCUCAAGAAUCUUACAGACAUCUCCUCGCUGGCCAGUGAGAGGUCUAGGGACCGCUUUGCAAAAGAGCAGUUUAAACUGAGCGUCAAAAGCAUGAGCACGAGCGGCACAGCCUUCCUGGCAUGUGUCAAGGAGGUGAAAACGCAGCCCAGUGAGCUGACCAGGAACCGCUGCGUGCUCUUUAGUGCGGCUUUAGUCCAGGCUGUCAAUGCCCUGGUUGGGUUUGCCACAGAGCCUCAGUUCCUAGGAAAAGCUGCAAGUGUCUCCACUGAAGGGAAGGGGGUACAGACUGCAGUGUUAGGGGGGGCCAUGAGUGUGGUUUCAGCCUGUGUCCUCCUCACUCAGGGCCUCAGGGAUGUUGCACAGCAUCCUGAGAGCAGCUCGAAAAUGGCUGACUACCGUGAGCGUCUGCGAAACUCGGCGUGUGCUGUAUCAGACGGUUGCACACUGCUCACUCAGGCACUCAGAGAACGCUCCUCUCCAAGGACUCUGCCGCCAGUCAACUCUCAUUCUGUGAAUUAGUUUAGGAAGAGGCAGCAUGAUCUCCAGUCCCCUCUGUCCUAUUCUACCGUACCAAAGACACUCACUUGGGUUAUUCCUGUUCAUCAGAUAUAGAGUCAGUAACAUCAGAAGGAGGCUAUCUGUGGGUCUGUUCAUGGGGUUGAAGUGUGUUUGAAUGCAGAAGAGCGCUAAAAAUGUCACAGGGUUUUGUGUCGCGCUGGAUGUGGCUCAAACCUUAUUACAAAUGGACCCCUUGAGCAAAUGGGCCUGACAUGAGCUCAGCUGACCACCGCUCACCAACAGACAGCAACCUUCAAACCUGAAAAGUUUACCUCAGUUUUCAGCUCUGGUGAAAACACCAGCUUUGAUGAUGGAUGUAGCCUCACUGUGUGAAUCUGUGGUUGGCUGACCUACUCGAUUAUGUGUGCUUUGUGAGAAUGAAAAGAGUGAUCUGAGUGUCUCAAUGCCUGCUUUUGUUUUUUCAACAUGUGUGAAUUCUUAAUUGGUAAAAAGCUGCUGUGAGUGUGUGCCAUAGGUUUUACACUAUUUACCAGACUUCCCAUAGUAUUUUAAAGUGUUUUGAUCAUGCAUGUAAUGGAGUAUUUAUUUCAACAAUUAAAAAUGUUGUUUCUGAUA